GGUCGGGGCUGAUCGGUUUGGAUGCUGGGCGGGUGAGAGAGCCCAGUGUCGGGAUGGAGCUCUCAGCUGACACUUGCGAUCAGGAGGACCCGGCAUCGACUACCCGCGGUGGGGCAAUGCGUUGUCCGGCAAGUCGCAGACUUCUUAGCGCUAAUUACGGGUGCGAUUCUUAUGGUGCUGGACAGCAACAGCAGGUGGUAAGUUUUGCCCCGGGAUGUGGUGCUAGUGGACCACGACCGAGCAGACGACGAGAGGAAGCCAAGGCUCUCCAAAACCUUCAAAGGCGUGUACAAGCAUGUCAUCUCACAAAAGGUAUCACGCCUGGCGAUUCUGGGGGAGCAAGCACAUCCACGGUAGCCCCGGCACCCGUAAGCCACCAGUUACUCGACAAUCGACCUCAGCUUCUACAGAAGAUUCUCAGCAACAGACCGAUGAGCAUCGCUAGUGGCGACGGUAACAGAGAGUUGGAGACGGACUGGCAACACAGCGAAUUCAUCACCGAAUGCCUCAACUGGCACAACGUGUACCGACAGCGACACGGCGCACCGCCACUAACACUCUGCCCUCAGUUAUGUGCCCUAGCGCAGUCGUGGGCCAACCACCUGGCUCACAUCAACACAUUCUAUUACCGCAACAAUCGAGACGUGGGCCAGAACUUGUUCUGCAGACCUACCAACUCCAUCCAGACUGACGUCACGGGUCAGGAAGUGGCGUCAUACUGGUACAGCGCAGUGCGCCAGUAUAAUUACACGAAGGAACCAGACGUGUUGCAUGCCAAUGUUAAUGCAGGUCACUUCACACAGCUGGUAUGGGUGUCAACCCGGCACUUCGGUGUAGGAAAAGCUAGAAGCAGGUCGGGUAAAGUAAUGGUCGUGGCGCACUAUCGCCCGCCUGGGAACAUUUCAGGCCUCUUUCAACAGAACGUCCUUCCACCGCUACCUGACUACGACGCUGAAAUGACGAGCGAAUCAGGAAGCGAAUCCAGCACCUCACGUAGCACAGAAUACUGCACGUAGCGAGCUACAUGACGUCAUUUGGUUAUACUACGUAUCCACAGUGUCUGAAAGAUGCUGUAUCACCAUUCUCAAAAAGGAGAAUGGCAAGAGUUUUCUGUCAGAAGUUGGAGGAUCAUGGUUCUGACGUAAGAUAUAACCGGAAAUGUCUGCUACAGUCAUUUAUGUUUUGAAUAGGCAACUUGAAGAAAAAGAUAACAAGGAGUCUUGUACAGUACACGCACUGAGCAUCAGAAUGGCGGAAAUACGAUAUAUCGGAAUAUUCUGUUAAUUAGACGGUAUUUACGAAAGUCCAUGUUGGUUUAAGACGGAAGUCUGGCACACCUUUUAUUACUUCUAGUAUCUAACCAUCUGCUUUUCUGUGACUGAAUAAACCGUUACAGAUUGAAGUGAAUGUUUCAUUUUUCUGAUAUUAUGGAACUCGAGUACAGUAACAGUUUAGACGCAUUAAUAGUACACCACAAAAUGGGUGAAUAAUUAACCAAACACAGUCACUUCAUUCUCAUUCGUUGAUUUAUUGUUCCUGUUUCUUGUAGGAUCUGAGGUUUUCAUGGUGGAAUGUAUGAAGAUGGCUGCCGUCUUCUGGGUUGUAAUGCC